GUGGGCAUAUUGAGGGAUCCUGUUGCAAUUCCCUGUGGACACAGUUACUGCAUGGACUGCAUCAAUAACUUCUGGAAUGAGGCAGAUUACACAGGUGACUACAUCUGUCCACAGUGUCGGGUGGCCUUCACUCAAAGACCCGUCCUGCGCAGAAACACCUUGCUGAGUAAAGUGGCCGAGAAGCUGAAGACGACUCCAGUUCCCGGUAACAGCUAUGCCGGGCAGGGAGAUGUGCCGUGCGAUUUCUGCAUUGGGAAAAAGUUCAAGGCUGUGAAAUCCUGUUUGAACUGCCUGGCCUCCUACUGCGACAAGCACCUGAAGCCCCACUACGAGUCGGCCACUUUCAAAAGGCACAAGCUGGUGGAUGAACUGGGGAACCUGGACCGUAAGAUUUGUCCCCAGCAUCAAAAAUCGCUGGAGCUUUUCUGCCGCACUGACCAGAUGUGCAUCUGUGCGCUGUGUACCGUCAGCGAACACAGGGGACACGACCUAGUCUCUGCUGAAACUGAGAGGGCUGAGAAGCAGAAACAGCUGGGGGUGAAACAGGCAGAGAUCUACCACAAGUGCCAGGAGAGAGUGAAGGAGCUGGAGGAUUUGAGACGGGCAGUGGAUUCUCUCAAGAGCUCAGCCCAGAGAGCCAUGGCCGAAAGUGAGAAGAUGUUCACUGAGAUGCUGCGCUCCAUCGAGAGGAUGCGUUCCGAAGUAACAAAGCUGAUCGGCAUUAACGAGAAAGCAGCUUUCAAUCAGGCGGAGGGGCUGGUGGAGAGGCUGGAGCAGGAGAUCGAAGAGCUCAAGAGGAGGGAGAUGAGUGUGAAGCAGCUGCACAGCACGGAGGAUCAUAUACACUUCUUACAGAAUUUCAAUUCCCUGAGCACUCCAACUGAAGAUGGACUCAUACCCAGAGUGACAGUCAAUCCCGACUUUUCUUUUGGAGCUGUGAGGAGAGCUGUUUCUGAAAUUAAAGAGCGCCUGGAAGAAAUUAGCCGGGAGGAGCUACUGAGGAUCUCCAAGUCAGUGAAUGAGACCCCCGUCUACCAUAUGGAGAACAGGAUCAAAGAAAGGCAAAUAAAAGCUAAUGAAGUUUCAGUCGACAGCAUUCCAGCUCCAGAACCGAAGACAAGACUGGACUUUUUAAAAUACUUCUGUCAGCUCAGGUUCGACCCCAACACGGCCUACAGAGAGCUUCAUCUGUCGGAAGGGAGCCGAAAGGUGAUUCGGACCCGAGAAAUCCAGCCGUAUCCCGAUCACCCAGAGAGAUUUGACAGCUUCGCCCAAGUGCUGUGCCGAGAGGCUUUGCAAAAUAAUCGCUUUUACUGGGAGAUAGAAUGGAGCGGAGAGUUCUCCAUCGGAGUCACAUACAAAGGAAUCAGUAGGAAAGGGAAGGGCUCGCUGUGCCUCCUGGGAUACAAUGACAAGUCCUGGAGUCUGCUGUGCUCUGAUUCAGGCUACUCUGCUUGGCACAACAGGGAAGACGUAUAUAUCAAAGCUGCACACUCCCCCAGAAUUGGGGUCUACCUGGAUCACGCUGCAGGCACCCUGUCCUUUUACAGCAUCUCCGACACAAUGACCCUUCUUCACAGAUUUGAGACCACCUUCACUGAGCCACUGUAUCCUGGCUUUGGGGUCGGUACCUCCAUUAAAAUAUGCCAGGUCAAGUAAAUCUUCUUGUGCACCGUGAAAUUAUAAACUACCCCCUGAAGCCCUGCACCCGAGAUACCUGCGACCCCUCAACUGGAGAGCCACGCUGACCUUCAGGAAUGAUUCACUUGAACCAGCUAUUUGCUAAAUCAGCGCUGAGUUAACAAACACGUCUUUCCAAGUCUCCAAACCCCACUAGAAAACCCACAGGAUUGAAACUCUCCAGGAACAAGAUGACAGACUCUAACUGUUAUCAUCCAGGUAUACUCAUAAUAAUCCCUUGCAUUGGUAUAGUGCUUUUCAUCCCAAAGCCCUUUUUACACACAGGGAAGGAUCCAGUUCAGCACUGCUGAGGUGCUGCACCCAUCAGGGUGACUUUCAGCAGCCAUUCUGCCCCCGCAGCUGCACUUCAGCAAGGGGGAGUGAGGAGUUGUUUGAAUUGAGUUAAGGGGAGAAGUGGAGCUCCAGAAGCCCUAUUGUUCAAACCCAGAGUGGAACUUAAGCCGGGACACUGCGGUUAAAAGCUAUUGACAAGCAUUCACAUGCCUAAAAUGUUCAAAUGCCCUCAUUCUCUUUGUUGCAAUUUAUUUCUCAUUAUUCAGCCUGUUCAUUUAAUACAUUUAAAGUAUUGCCUAUUUUUUAUGUCUGUGUAAUUCUUUAUACUCAACUCUGUACUUUAUUAAUUGAAUUGAAGAUAGUGACAGUUAUGCACAUUCAUUAAUAUAUAAUCUUUUAACUCAAAUCAUGUAUUUUAUAUGGAAAUGAAAGAUGGAUUUUUUUAAAUAAAUUUUUUAAA